AAGUGGGGCGGGCAGGCCCAGGGUAAACUGAAAACUGUGCUGUGUUGAUACACAUGCAAAAGUCAUGUCUAAUAAGGCAGGGGAAGAUGUCGAGGAGGUCGUCGCUGGCAUGGAAUAUCCAGUAAUUGAAGAAAUAUCCCUGAAAUUUAAGCCAGAGAACACGCUUAUUGGGGUAGGUGCUUCUGGCAGAGUGCGCUUUGCAACACAUAAGGGAAGAGAUGUUGCCGUCAAGUAUUUCAGAUCAGUAAGUGAGAAAGAAGAAUUUGAGCAAGAGGUCAGUUUAAUAGUGACACAUUAAUUUACUAUCUUUUCUCCCCCUAUAAUU